AUGUUGGACCAUAAAUUACUAUUCCCUUUAUGUGUCAACUGUGCAAAAACUAAAUCAGCUACAUGUAUCUGUAAUAAUAGAUCAUUUACAGGUACAUGGACUACUGAAGAAUUAAAGCUAGCAUUAGAAAAAGGUUACACAAUAAAUACAAUAUAUGAAGUUUUAGAUUAUGAAAAAGAUUACAGUAAAAACAAAUUCAAAAUAUAUAUAGACAUGUUUUUAAAAAUUAAGCAAGAAAGUAGUGGUUGGCCAGAGUGGUGUACUUCUGAAGAUUUAAAGCAACAAUAUAUAGAAAAUUAUUAUGAGAAAGAAGGGGUUAAAUUGGAGUAUAAUAAAAUUCAGAAAAAUGAGGCUCUAAGAUACAUUGCUAAGUUAAUGUUGAAUAGUCUUUGGGGAAAAUUAGCGCAAAGACCAAAUCAAAAUAGAACUUCAAUUAUAAAGACAUUCAACGAUUAUUGGGAGUUAAUAACCAAUAAACAUAUAGAAUUAUUAGGACAUGUAUUUGUUAAUGAAGAUACAAUUAUAUUUACUUGGAAAUAUAUAGAUGAUGACAAAGAUUAUGCUAGAAAUUAUAAUGUCGCAGUUGCUUCAUUUGUGACUGCUUAUGCUAGAAUAAAAUUAUACAAAAUCAUGGAAGAAAUUGAAAUCAUAAGACCAAAAAGUCUCCUAUACCACGAUACAGAUUCAGUUAUAUUUUAUAGAAAAUAUACCGAUCCUAUAAUAGUAUGUGGUGAUUAUUUGGGAGAUUUGACAGACGAGAUUAUAAAAGAUUACACAAGCAAUUCAAAGUGUAUUGAGUUUGCUGCUUUAGGGCCAAAAAAUUAUGGCUUUAGUGUACAAAAAAGUGAUGGGGCUAUUGUGUCCCUAUUUAAGUGUAAAGGAAUAACAUGUCAUUUUCUAGCAAAACAAUCAAUCAGUUUUGAGAAAAUGCUUAAUAUGGCGCUAAAUUAUAGAGAUUCAAAUGAAAACAGUAUAAUUAAAGUCCCACAGCGUCAAUUUGUCAUUAAUAAAUACAAUGACAUUAACACAAAAUACUAUAAAAAAGAAUAUAAAGUAACAAGUGACAAACGCUAUAUAAAUGGAGUAUAUACAUUUCCAUAUGGCUUUGUCUGUGCUUAA